AUCGUCGAGGAAGACCACCAGUCUUAGAUGAAUCAGCACACAAUCGCUUAACACAACUUGUUCUAAGUAAUCACCGUAUGACUAAAAAAAAAAUUCAAGAUAAAUUGGAACAACAAGAGGCAAA